AUGACAUUGGGCACUUGUAAAGAACACGCGCUUUUUACUGAUCAGAAAAUUUGGGCAAAAAUAGCAAUGAAUCGAAUCCUAGAUAUUCACUACAAGUGUGAUAAUGAUCUUUACAAAAUAUCGAGAGUGGAAAUCACACUUAUAAUUAACAAUACAAGCAGUUUUGCGUUUUCAGAAGAAGGAGUCGGUAGCUCUGACUUUUCUGGAACGUUAUAUUUGCCAACGCAUCUUAAUUUUGUAAUUUAUUCUAUCACUAUAUACUCGUGUAAUUUGGGAUCAGGAUACAUUACGACGCCGCCAGCUGUUAGCAGAGCUGAUCCACAACAUACUUACAUGCCUUUCCUCCAAGAUAAAACAAAAGUUGAAUGA